UUUUUUCGUUAGAAAAAAAAAGGCUUUUACAUAUUUUCAGUUCCUUUAUCUGAAACUAAUGACUUCAGAAGACAAUUAUAAAAUGCAUCGAAUUAUUAUUUAUUCAAUUGUUUUUAUUUUUGAAAUUCUCGGAUUGUUUGGAAAUAUCAAUUUGAUUGCCGUGAUUUUAAGAAAUAAAGUAUUGAGGUCCAAUUUUGGUCUCAUUAUGCUCUGCCUUGCAUUUUUCCACACUGUCUGUUUAUUUUUUGAGCUAAUCAAUAUGGGAUUUGGAAUUCUUGCCACAUUCUACUCAUAUCGAAUAUUUCGAAGUAUCUGCUUCCACACCACAUUUCCAGUAAUUCUGGCACAUUGUCUACAAACUGGAACUAUUUGCAUUUUAUCACUUGAUCUAUUUUUGGCAAUAGUUAUUCCAUUCAAAUAUCGACAUUUUCGAAUGAGUUUUUACCUGCCAAUGUUACUUUUUCUGCCGCUUGCUUAUGCAGUGGGGAUAGUUGUGGCAGCGAAAAUAUUAUUGGACGACGCGGAAAUAUCGAUGUGUAAUCCUCCCUCUUCAAUGGUUCCGUCAGUUCGACAACGUUGGUACGAGAUUAUGCUUAUAUUUUCAUUCCUUACAGUUAUUCUCUAUUCGGGUGCAUUUGGUUUAUUAUCGGUGAAGAUGCGUCGAAACUCAUCAGACAUCCGUCUAAUCGAGAAGAAAGCUCUUCGAACAUUAAAAGUUCUAAUUGUAAUCUUCCUUUUUACUCGAUUCUUCUCAACUGGCCUUGCAACAUUAGUAACAAGUCUCGGAAUAGACCCGGAAUAUUCUGCACUUGUUCAUAAUUAUAAUGUGAUUCCAGCAAUGGCUGCAUAUUCACAAAAUACGUAUGUAUGUUUCUUCCGUAGUGAGGAAUAUCGUAGAUUGCUCACGGAGCAGUUUUCAAUUUAUUUUCCAUGUAUGAAGAUUGUACUUCCAGUCAAGAUAACGGAGAGGAGUACCAGUAUUAAAAGAGGCCCAACUAUUGUUGUUAAAAUUUAAUAUAUAAGUUCAAUUAUAUGUAUAAAAUUCAAUUUUUUUUAAUGUUUUUUUUUUGAUUUAUAAAAAUGUUCAAUUAUGAAAAUAAAAAUAAAAAUAAAUUAUUUUGAUUGCUUU